ACACCAUGGUCGUGUUGGCCAGUUUGCUUGCUAGCUAGUAGCUAGCUAGUGAGUUAGCUUAGUGUAGUUAGGGAGGAUAAAGUUGUUUGAGUUAAUAGUCAAUUUAUCAACCAGGUGUCUGGGAGUUAUUAAAUUAUUUCGGGUCAUACGUAUACAAAGGCUACUGCAUGUGCAUACAGUUUGUACAGACUAAGUAAGCCCAUCCGUGUGCCAUACUGUAACUGACAGGUCGGAUCACCAUGCCUCAAAAGCUUUUGAAGAGUGCCCAUUACAUAGAGCUGGGAAGCUACCAAUACUGGCCUGUGCUUGUUCCGCGGGGAAUCCGUUUGUACACAUACGAACAAAUUCCGGUCUUCUUGAAAAGUAACCCCUACAUCACAGAUGGAUACAGAGCUCACCUACCGUCAAAGCUUUGCAUUAAAAGCCUGUUCAUCCUGUCCAAUGAAACGGUGAACAUCUGGAGUCACCUGCUGGGCUUCAUCCUCUUCUUUUCCCUGGGGCUGUACGACAUGACCGCAGUGCUGCCUACAGCUGGGGCCUCCAGAGAGGACUACGUCAUCUACUCCAUAGGGCUCUUCUGCUUUCAGGUGUGCAUGCUGUGCUCGGUUGGCUAUCACCUGUUCUGCUGCCACCGGUCGGAGAAGACUAGUCGCCGCUGGAUGGCACUGGACUACGCUGGAAUCUCCAUCGGGAUCCUCGGCUGUUAUGUCCCAGGAGUCUUCUACGCCUUUUACUGCAAUGGUUACUGGAGGCAGGUGUACCUGAUCACAGUGUUGGCCAUGAUCCUGACGGUCUUCUUCGCCCAGAUCCACCCGCAUUACCUCACGCAGGAUUGGCAUCAGCUGCGCACCAUCAUCUUCUGCUCGGUAGCCGGAUACGGAGUCAUCCCUGCCACCCACUGGGUGUGGAUCAACGGCGGCUUUGGGGCUGCCAUUGUCCAGGAGUUCUUGCCUCGUGUUUUGGUCAUGUAUUUGAUAGCUGCAACAGCCUUUAUUUUCUAUAUCACCAAAGUUCCUGAGCGCUAUUUUCCAGGGCAGCUGAAUUACCUUGGUGCCAGUCAUCAGUUGUGGCACAUCCUGGUGGUGCUGAUGUUUUACUGGUGGCACCAGACCGCCGUGUCCAUAAUGCACUUUCGCCACAGCCAGCCCUGCCCAGAGUACUCCCAAAGCGGUUAGCACCUCAUGGCAUGGCCGACGGUGUUGCCCCCACGCGACACACAGGUCUCUGGGGAGGUUGCUCCCCCCCCAUCCCCAUAUUUUUUUCAAUUAUUCUGAAACAAUGGUCUUUUCUGAAGGUGAAGGUAUAGUUUGCCUCCUGUCCAAAUGAGCCUAGAUAUCAAGAUGUUUAAGUUACCAUUUGAGAAUGGACUAGUUGUUGACAUGGUGUAAAUGUGCUCAUUUUUUUAAAUGGGUGGGACACUUCAGGAAUGAAGUGAUCCAAAGUAAAGUGCAGUUAUUUUACUUGCCUUUCAGUUUGGUCAAUUGGUCAAGCAACACAGUGCUGUCAUUAUAUUAUAUAUAGUUAUUUAUAUAGUGAACUCCAUAGUUAAGAUGGUAAUGUCUCAGCUUAGAAUUUGUAAUGGAAGCACGGGAGUCACGUUGACUGUUACAGCAAACGUUUAAGUAUGUGUUAUAACAAGAAAGAAAUGCAGGUUUGAAAUGUGUACAGUAUUUUAUUAUAAUUGUAGAAAAUGUAUUAUUGAAAUCAAAAUGCCCAGAAGGCAUUUUGUUUUGAAUCAUGGCCAGUCACACGCAUGGAACGUACAACUGGCUCAAUUGCAAUGGUGUGCGUACUUUGGUAUAAUUUAGUCAUUCAGCUAUUUCAAGAUCAUGCUUUAUGUCUCUGUGUGUGCUCUGCACAACCUGUAUACCUGGAAGCCUGUAUCUGUGAUAGGUUUUACUAUGAAGUGUCCAUUCAAAAUAUGCGGUCCACAUUGAAAUGGCAUUAUGCCGAGUGCAAGGAAGUUCACAAGUACAAGUGUCCUUGGAUUGCCUCUCCUGUAAUGAACUGUGAUUUGGUAUUUGGGUGUGUUGCACCAAUACUAUUUAAACAUAUAGUUACUAAAUUUGUGAAGUUGAACUGACUGAAAUGAAAAUUGUGAAAUGCACAGUAUAUACAGUACUUGAUGCUGACACAAUCCGCGUCCAAUUUACACUCUUCUGCAUACUGUAUUUAUUUAAACCUAUUGUUUGUCCUGCUUUUAUUGAAAAAAAGCUGGGGUUUUUUGUAUUGUGUUUUACUACAUCCUGUUUCUCUUCAUGUUAUUCGUUUUGACACUGGUAACGGCAUUGUCUCUUAAUAUCAUAUAAUAAUUUAACCUUUUUUAUUGUUAAAUAAACAGUAUCCUUCAAAAUUGCAUGAGUCAGGAAGAAAAUUUAGUUGUGGCAGUUCCCUAGAUAGCCUUGAAGUCUGUUUGAAGUAUUUUCUUUUGAAUGUGGUUUCUGCUCGAGGAUGCCAUAAACUACAAUGUUUGCCUUGGUCAGUAUCCUUGGAAACCAUUUCUUUUACAUUGUUUAAUUUAUAAAUGGACCAAGUUCUUGAUUUUACUUUUUUUUAUUCUCCAUUUGUAGAUACUUCAUUACUAAGACAUUCAGUCCCUGUUAAGACUGUGAUCACGCACAUACACACUGUACAAUCAUUGGUCAAGACAAUGGUUGUCCUGUUCUCCAUUGCUACACACUGAGCAGUGAGGUACACCUACUGCUAUUUGCAAAUCAAAAUGUCACUGAUUUUAGCAAAGGAAAUCCUUUUGUGGGGAUCAACCCUUACCAACAUUCUGGUUCGGAGCCUGGGGCUCCAGAUAGGAUAGUUGGAUCUUGUGUAGAUAAUGAUUCCCGUUGCCUUAACCUGUAAAACUGUACAUACCCACACAGAGAACAGUGUCUUAGCUGUUUACAUGUUUUGUUGUUUGUGCAUGAACUGCCUGAAUGCUACAUAUUAAAUGACCUCUUUGCUGCCUACGAUCACUUUCAACCCUUAGGGGUUAUGUGCAAUUUAUGUAAGUAUGUAUACUAUAUAAGAGCUGUCAUUGUUCAGUAUUUAAACUUGAUAUAUGUGAAUGUAAUGUUUGUUUAAUUUGGUGUGAUACUUUGAGUAAAUUUUUGUUUUUUUGUAGUUAUUUCACCCCAGUGCUUUCUCUACAUCAGUUUCUGAUUUCUUUGGUUUAAGAUGCAUUACGUUUGUAGCUGCUAUAUGUUGAGCCUUGUUAUUCAGUGAGAUCAAGUGGAAACAGUUUUACCAAGAUUCAAAACACUGGAACAUAAACUGUCAAGAGCGUGUUUUAUUUAUUAUGUGGUCAAUACUGGUCAGUUUCCAACUGUUUAAUAUCGGAAAUUGCAAUCAUAUCAAUUGGAAUAAAUCUUAUUGGAUUUAUUAGGAUUUUUUUUUUUUUUUUGCAUUGCUAUAAUAAGUAUAAUAACAUUUUAACACAAUUUUAUUAAUGCCUGCAAAGUAAUUGUUAUUGUUAAAGUAAUUGUUAAAUUACAUGCAUACCUUUACACAAAGUUUUGCAUAGUUACCAUUUUGCUUAACUAAGAAUUUAUUUAUUUGUAAAUGUUUUGGGGCUACAUUUUGGGGGAACUACAUUACAUGGGCAAUGUAAGCAAAAAUGGCUGAUUUUGAAGAAAGGCUUAAGUUCCCCUUCACCCCUCAUCAUUUAUUUAAAAGACUGCUUGACUGUGAAAAAUUGUGAAGCAACACAAAUGCAAAUCUGACUGUGCAUUUUAUCUGUUAGUUGAGCCUCUUGUAUGCCUACAGUGCUGUAUGUAAACAGAUGUGGUUGUGUUAAACUUUUGUAAAAUGUUUUAGAAUGACAAAUAUUUGUUUUGAAACUGGACACUGAAUAAAAAGGGCACAUUGUCUUUCCACUCUU